AUGCAUACCAACUACAUUUUCUCAGCCCUUGCCCUAGCUCUUCCCGUAUACUCGCUUAGCUCCACCGCUAGUAUGGGCUGCUAUUCCGCCAUCGAAUCAUUCAAGAACCAGGGUCCCUACACCUACCAAUCACCAGGACACUGCCAGACCCAAUGUGCAGGCAACGGGUUUAAAGUCGCUGCCCUGAGCCGUGGCAACAUGUGCUACUGCGGCAACAAAGUGCCUUCAGGCUCUGCUAAGAUCGCCGACGAUAAAUGCGACAUCGCCUGCACUGGAUGGCCUGCAGCAAGCUGCGGUGGCAUGGAUACCUUCAACAUCAUCCAGGCAACUGAUGACUUACAAGCCUCGCCUUCUGAAAACGCUUCCACUACUAUCGCACCAACUGCCGCCACCGCAGCUGGUGGAAUCAUUGUCGCUCCCUCCACAGCCGGUGCACCAACCGGCAUCGUGACCGCGGCCUCAACGGUGAACUCUCAGAGUGGAAACGCCGUGUCCAAGUCUGCUGCUGUCUCCGGCGCUGCCGCAACGGCCUCGCCGACGCCCACGAGUAACGCUGCCGGGAUAGUCCGCGCGGGAUCGUCACUGCUCGGCGCUGUUGUUGCGGGUCUGGGCUUGCUCCUGUAA